CGCGUUGACAUUAGAACCGUUCAAGGUUAAUGCUCUCUAGUCUUACUCGUAUGCUUUCUCAGAAGAAACUUCAUAUGCCCAUAGAUCCAAGAAAUAUUGUGGGUGACCGCCGUAUUCGAAAGUCUCAGUAAAUUGUGGUAGCUUCUUUUCGGCCAGAAGAUAUCGGGUUUCCUUUCAGACAGUUUAAGUUGACUUACACGUCGAUUUGCAUCAGCGAAGGAAAACCUGUGCUGUGCUGGCUGGCCUUGCAUUACACAUCGCUUCGCCAUAAUAGGAGUAUGUGAAUGGGAGGGGAAGACCGGGUGCAACUCUGUGCAUUACUGCAUCGCGUGCAUGCGGCCAACAGCUGAAGACAGCGAUUCGUCAGUGACAAUGAAGGAGGUGAUUCGUCUUGAAGUGUAAGCUCACUGUAUGGAUAAGCAAGACAGUGUUUGCAGAUAUUGUAGAGAAAAAAUUGAAAGUAUAGAAACAUAAGUAAACCAUCACUACACCAUAUUCACUUCAAGAUCUCUACGAAAGGAAUCCUCAUUUUUCAACAUUUUGCAAAUUGUUCACAUAAAGAAAAUGAUACGAACUUUAUCUAGAAUUCGAAUUAAUUCACCACGGAAAAGUGUUUUUACAUUACAAAAUACAGAAAGGGCUUUUGCGACAGCGCCGGCGGCGACGGGUGCAAGUAACGAACAGGAAGCGCUGGAAUCGUGGUCUGCGGCGCGACCUUACACAGACAUUCCAGGUCCACGGCCUCUGCCGCUUGUCGGAAAUGCACUACGUUUUCUUCCCGGAGGGGACUGGCACGGGUUGGGGCCAGUGGAAAUGCAGGAAGCGCUCUUCUCCCGCUUCGGGCCGCUGGUGCGCCUGUCCGGCAUCCCGGGGCGCGGCGACAUGCUCUUCCUCUUCGACCCCGAAGACGUCUGCAAGGUCUUUCGCACCGAGGGACAUAUGCCCAUCCGAAAUGCAGGGCCUGAAGUAUACUACUACCGCACCAAAGUACGACCGGAAUAUUUCGGGGAAGCAGGAGGUGCUCUCGUGGCACAGGGUGAGGAAUGGUACAACUUCCGCACAAAAGUCAAUAAGUUAAUGCUUCAACCUAAAUCAGUGCAACGCUACGUAGAACCUGUUGAUGAAGUGGCGGAAGAUUUUCUUGAAAUAAUAAGUGAACUUCGAGACGAGAAAAAGGAGUUGCCUCAUGAUUUUCAAGACGAGCUUUUCAAAUGGGGACUUGAAGGUGCCGUGGCGAUCGCGCUGGACGUGCGUCUGGGCUGCCUGGCGGCCGACGCGCCGCGCGACUCUGAGGCGCAGCGCAUGAUCGCCGCCGCGCAGCGCAUCUUCUCCUCCAUGAGCACCUUCCAGCUCAUGCCGCUGCUCUGGCGCGUGGGCCGUAUCUCGCCGCUCUGGAGGCAGUACAUCAGUGACUUCGACUUCAUGAUGGAGACCGCGUGGAAGUACACGCGCAGAACGUUGGCCAACCUGGAAGCGCAGGGGGCGGAGGACGGGGAUCGCGAGCCAAGUGUGUUGGUACGUCUGCUGAAGGAGGAAUCGCCCACCGUGGCUGCCGUUCUCGCCUCUGACAUCCUCACCGGCGGUGCGGAGACGAGUCUGGAGUUUAUUCUUUCCGCGCAGACGGCGAGGUCGAUGGCGACGACGCUGACGAACCUGGCGCGUUUCCCGCGCGAGCAGAGCGCUCUGGCGGAGGAGCUGCGCCGCGAGCUGCCUGGCGCGCGGCCGCGCAUCACGUCGCAGAGCCUGGCGCGCCUCCCGCGCCUGCGCGCCUUCCUCAGGGAGUCCUUGAGGUUAACCCCAACAGUAGUAGCAGUUCCUCGUACUACUUCACAAAACUUGGUUCUUUCUGGUUAUCAAGUUCCUAAGGGAACGGAGAUCUUGGCUUGCCAAAUGGUGAUGAGUCGUCAGGACAGCAACGUGCCCCGCGCCAGGGAGUUCCUGCCCGAGCGCUGGCUGAAGGGCGAGAGCCACGAGUCCAAGGGCCACCCCUUCGCCUCGCUGCCCUUCGGCUACGGCCCUCGUAUGUGCAUCGGGCGGCGCUUCGCCGAGCUCGAGCUGCAAGUGCUCACGGCCAAGCUCGUCCAUCGUUAUGUCGUGGAGUACCACUACGGAGAAAUGCCGUUUGACGGAGCCACGACGUACGGCCCUUCAGCACCUUUGAAGUUCCGCCUUAUAGAGCGAGACCUGUGAGAACGCUUCCAGAAGGUGGUUUUGACGUAGAAAAACUUAUCGAUCGCCCGCAAUACCUCACUACUGACUAUAAUUUUUAAUUGCACAUAUUUUCAUUAUUUAUUGGUUGCAACAUUUCUCUACGUUCCUUGUAUUUGGUCUUAUUUUUAUAUAUUUUGAGAUAUUUCCAUAUUCUUCUUUACCAAUUGUCCGGAAUCGACAGUAAAGGACUACAGUACAAUAGUUGUUUUUUGCCACAUUUUUGCAUUUGGUCUUAUUAUUUCUAUUGGGGGUGCUGUAAAAGUAUUAUGUAGUAUGAUGUGGUAUUUUGACAUAGUUUAGGGGUUGGUAAACAUAUAUUUACAAAAAUUACGAUUUUUUUUCUCUCCGCUUCCAACAAUUUUGUAUUUAAAGAUCUUCGCUUCAGAUACGUACACAGCAGCCUUCACCCCUUUUACAGAACUUUUUAUUCUCUCACACAAUUUUGAUUUGAACUCUGUUGCUAAAGCUAUAUUGGUACACUCAAUGUUUUCGUCGUGGGUUUACGCAAUUCAGAUACCUAGUAAUGAAUACACAAGAGCUACCAUUGAACCAUCUAUCCCGUUUUCAUUUCGAUUGAUUUUAUGACACUAUCAAUAAGAAUAUCAUUGUUUGGUACCCUUUAAAAACAACAUUAAGUAAAACUUCAAUUUCACGCGAACAUUCAUAUUAAUCAGUUUUUUCAGUAAAGCAGGCAGAAAACAGGCAAAAGCUGCCAAAAUAUAAAGCUUAUUGUUUAUAAUAAUUAAUUUGCAUUGGGAAUACUUCUGGGUUUAACAACUACGGUUCUCUUUCUUCAGCGAAAUGUUUUUAAAGCAUUUUAGUGUUUAUUCCAGUAAAGUUUCUUCUUUUUGUAUAUAUGUACACUUUUCAAUUACUUCUCUGUGUCAAUCAUACAAAUGCAUAACAAAGUAGCCAAACCCGAUUCCCCCAAUUGCACGUGACUAUACGUUUCUGUUUUAAAUUAUCAUUGAAGUGUAUGAACAGACCCUUGGACCUUAUAUCAGUAUUCAUACAGUGGUAACUCAAACAGUAAUAAUAGUGUAAGAGGAGUUGUAAUAAUGCAGAAAAGGUGUUACAUAUUAUGAAGGUUCCAAUAAAUUUGGUGUAUUUCCGUGAACUUGUGUUAACACAAAUCAGUGAUAGGAAUUAUUGAAAUGAUGUACCUGCUCAUUAUAAAAAUAUACUUUAUCUUAUUACAUUUUCCUUCACUUUUUCUUGUAUAUA